GAUCGGAUUACAGCCCGUGCGCUUCGCAGCUACUAGCUUACCGCCCGUGCUCCAAUCACUGGCAGCCUCGCGCACACCGGGUGCUCUCCGACUGACCAUUUCACAUUUCGAUACGCCUCUUCAAAAAAAAAAAAGAAACAACCUUUUUUAAAAAAAUCGAACUCGAUUUUUGCAUCACUGUCCGAGGGCUACAAUGCCCAUUGCAGAGCCGUCUGCGUGCUCAGCCUCCUUACGCGGAGAGUAGACCGGGAGCAGGGAAGAGAGAGAAAAAAAAUCUCUCUCCUUUCACCAUCACUCCCUGCAAUCUCAAUCGGGCACUGAAUAGCGAGACAUCCGACCACGGGGACCGGUGACUUCAAUUGAUCUGAUUUGCUUAUAUUUCUCUUUUUUUUUCGUCCUCCACCAGUAUAGCCAACAUCUUCUGUUUCGUUUCGGGUCUUAUAUAUAUACCGAGGUAUAAAAAACGCGGAGCCGUCGUGAUCUGUUCCGUGGAAAUUAUUAUUUUGAGGGGCUCCUCUUUUUCACUCUAUUCGCUGAAUAAUUUGUGAGCGGUGGAUUUGUUAACAUGGAGACGGUGGAAAAAGAAUGCGGAGCGUUGGGUGGGCUCUUCCAAGCCAUCGUCAAUGAUAUGAAGUGCUCAUACCCGGUGUGGGAGGACUUCAGCGCCAAGGCAACCAAGCUGCACUCCCAGCUCCGGGCUACGGUUUUGGCGGCCGUGGCCUUCCUGGAUGCCUUUCAGAAGGUGGCGGACAUGGCGACCAACACCAGAGGUGCCACCAGGGAUAUUGGAUCUGCGCUGACCCGGAUGUGCAUGAGACACCGUAGCAUCGAGGCCAAACUGCGCCACUUCACCAAUGCUCUGAUGGAGAGCCUGGUCACCCCGCUCCAGGACAGAAUCGAGGAUUGGAAGAAAACUGCCAACCAGCUGGACAAGGACCACGCCAAAGAGUACAAGCGAUCCCGACAUGAGAUCAAGAAGAAGUCUUCCGACACACUUAAGCUGCAGAAGAAAGCCAGGAAAGGCCGCGGGGACCUGCAGCCGCAGCUGGACAGCGCCAUGCAGGACGUGAACGACAUGUACCUGCUGAUGGAGGAGACGGAGAAGCAGGCGGUGCGCCGCGCCCUGGUGGAGGAGCGGGGACGCUUCUGCACCUUCAUCGGCUUCCUGCAGCCCGUGGUGAAUGGCGAGAUCGCCAUGCUGGGGGAGAUCACCCACCUCCAGGCCAUCAUCGAUGAUCUCACCGUGCUGACCACUGACCCCCACAAACUGCCCCCCGCCAGCGAGCAGGUGAUCAAAGACCUGAAGGGCUCUGAUUACAGCUGGUCCUACCAGACUCCGCCCUCCUCCCCCAGCAGCUCUGGGUCCAGGAAGAGCAGCAUGUGCAGCAGCGUAAACAGCGCCCACAGUAGCGCCUCGCGCUCGUCCAGCGGCUCUCAGACUCUGACACCAGCCAGUCCGCCGUGUGAGAAGGAGCUCGGUUACGCGUGUUCUGUGACAGAAAACUGUGAAGGCUUUGCUAAGUCAUCCAGCUCUGCAUCCUCGGAGGCCUCAGAGACCUGUCAGUCAGUCAGCGAGUGCAGCUCUCCCACCACGGAUUGGUCCAAACCAGGUCCCUAUGAGCAGCCAUUGGUCAGCACGCUGCAGAGAAGGAAGGAGCCCCUUGAGCGGCUCAGGGAGCCCGAGGCUUCCGCUGGCGCCCAGGGGUAUUCUGGGAUGCAUCCGGAGGACCCACAGCAGAGGCCGCGGAUGACCCCCGCCUCCAUUGCUGCCAAGCACGGAGAGGAGGUCUCCCCUGCAGCCAGUGACCUGGCCAUGGUGCUGACCCGCGGGCUGAGCAUGGAGCAGCAGAAGAGCAGCCGGGACUCCCUGCAGUACUCCAGCGGCUACAGCACCCAGACCACCACCCCCUCCUGCUCCGAGGAUACCAUCCCCUCCCAGGUGUCUGACUACGACUGUUACUCUGUGAACGGAGACGCGGAGGGGGAGGGGCAGGCAGAUUUCGACAGGUCGUCCACCAUCCCCCGCCACAGCAACAUCGCCCAGAACUACCGGCGCAUGAUCCAGACCAAGAGGCCCGCCAGCACCGCGGGCCUCCCCAGCGGGAUGGCGGCCCAGGGCGGCCCGGCCGGGGUGGGGGGAGGGGGCGGGGGAGGAGGAGGGGGUCCCGGGACCCCGGGGACGGCCACCAUCCGCCGGACCCCCUCCACCAAGCCGGGGGUGCGGCGCACGCUGUCCAACGUGGGCCCCAUCCCCAUCCGCCCGCCCAUCGUGCCGGUGAAGACGCCCACCGUGCCCGACUCGCCCGGCUACGCGGGGCCCCCGGGGAGGGUGGGCAGCGAGGAGUGCGUCUUCUACGCCGAGGACGCCUCGCCCAACGCACUGGAGUACGUCAAGGCCUCGCCCAAACGCCUGAGCCUGCCCAACACGGCGUGGGGCGCGGCGGCGGGCCUGGGGGAGAUGAGCGUGUACGGCCAGCCCGCCGCCGCCGCCACCGCCGAGGAGGAGCAGCUGCUGGCCGCCAACCGCCACAGCCUGGUGGAGAAGAUCGGCGAGCUGGUGGCCAGCGCCCACGCCCUGGGCGAGGGCCAGUUCCCCUUCCCCUCGCUGCCCGACGACCCGCCGCCCGGCCCCAGCCCCGCCCCCGACCGCGACCCCCACGCCCCGCAGGGGGAGGACAUGCUGGUGUCCAUCCGCCGGGGGGUGAGGCUCCGCAAGACCAUCUCCAACGACAGGUCGGCCCCCAGGAUUUUGUGAUGCUCCGCUUCGAGACCGCCAGCAGGGGGCGACGUCGGUCGGGCCUGGGCCCGGCAGUACCACUGACUCUGUAGAGAAUUACGUAUGUCUGUCUGAUAAAAGCAGAUUAAAAAAAAAAUAAAAAACGGAAGGAAAGAAAGAAUAAAAGCGUCAUUAAAGUAAAAAAAAUAAAUAAAUAAUGGUAAUAAUAAUAAUAAUACUGAAAAUAAUGAAAAAAUAAUAAUUAAUGAGUAAAUAAUGAAGAAAUGAAAGGCCUUUGGCCACCAUAAUUUUAGUGUGUACAGACGCAUGUUUUUUCAUAUUAACACCCCCGCCGGAUAUUCUGUUAAUAAUGAGGCCCUGGGCUGGCUGUGGGACCCUGUUUUCCAUUUCCUGCUUAAACCCCCUCCCCCCCGCCCCCCCGACCCCAAAUCUCUGGUCCCCAAACACUAACCUGUGACCCCUAUAGGGGGCAGCUAACGUCAGGUCACUGAGAAUGUGGUAGAACAGGCUGCUGCCCCCUGCCACACCCCCCCCCCCGCCCGCUCGACCCCCACCCCACCCCAAAACCCACUUUCCCACGCCGGCUCCCCCUCCACAUGUCCGACGUCACAUCGUAGGCUUGAAACCAUAGUAACGAACCCCUCUCUCUCUGUGCGUCCGUGUCUGUGUGUCUGUCAGACUGGCUGAAGAAUGGGCGGGGCCCUGCUGCAGGUCAGCUGGUAUACCUCUGCUGCUGGGAUUGGUCUCUGUCUUAAGGGUUUCCCUUAGUUACGUACUGGUUUAAAAAAAAAAAAAAAAAAUUUUAGUUCCUUUUUUUUCAAGCUGCGUCAUUAACGUAUAAAAAAGCUGUGUUGCUGUGUGUCGAGAAAUGAAGAAAUUAUAUCAUAUCAUAUAUAUUUUUUUGGAAUUUCCUUCUGAAUUCAAGCAAUAAGUGUGCUUUCUUGGGGGGGGGGGGAGGGGGGGGGAGGGAAAUUAACGAGUAACUUUUGUUCGAUGUUUAGGCCUCGUCUUAGUAACUUUCAGGAAGUCACUGGGCAGACACAGCCAGGGUGUACCUGCCCUGUAUUCUGUAGGACUGUGGCACUUUGAUAUUGAAUUCCCAGUGCUGACCACUAGGUGUCACUGUGACCAUGCUGUUUACAGUGUUUUGUGCAUUGGUUAAGGAGUGGCGAUUGCCUUCAGACGUACAUGUUUUUUGAACUACAGAAAUACAUUGAGCUGGUGAUGUCUGUGAGAGAAGAGAUGGCAAAGGAAGUGAGAAAGAGAUUUGGGGGUAGGCGGUGGGGUAGGGUGGGGUGGGGGGUUCCAGUCGAGGAUGGUGUGCAAACGUCACCCGAAGAGGGCGAAUUUAAAAAUGCGAGAAACACUAUAUUUAUAUAUGCAAGGGAUAAUAAGCAUGGAUUUCUGAAAGUGUCCGAAGCCUCGUAGUAGGUGAGGCCCGUUGAGUAGAGUGACAGUAGCUGUGCAAGGCAUUCUGGGAAGGGUUUUUGAAGGAUACGUGAGCUGUGGGGGUGGGUUUUGGGGAGGGGGGGGGCGGGUGGUGGUGGUGGUCUGGGGGCAACAGCAGGCAGAGAGCGAGGUUCAGUGUGUUGUAAACAGCGUUCUAGCUCAGGGGAUACAGAGCAGCACUGCAGGAGGGUGCCUCUUGGCGGGCGACGCGUGCGCGGGCUCGCUGCGGUUAGCGUAGCUUCAGCGCCGCGUUCAGAGCUCGCGCGUACCUGCGGAGCGGGUGAGAACGGACGCAUCCGCUCGUCGUCUGGAGAACGAGGUGUGCGUCUUUCUGUGAAGAGAAAAGGUAACCGAGGGCGAUGGUGAAGUAGCAAACACAAUGUCCAGGGAUUUCUGUUUCUAUUAGUCUAUAGAAUAAAAAAAAAGAAGCCAAAGUAAUUCCCUAGAGGAGUAAGAGGAGUCGUGCAUGCCUAGUACACGCGUUUCAGAUUUUCAGUUAAACUGCCAAAUGUAAAAAAAAAAAAAAAGAUGGAAAAAAAAAGGAGAAAAAAAAGCGGAAUGUCGCAUUACCUCUUGUUCAGAGGAAAUCUUACAUGUACAUACUGUAUGUCCUUUAAUAAUUUAGGAAGGAGAGACGGGAAAAGGUAAAACAAUAUUUGUUAUUUUUUUUGACCACUGGAGUGUGGCGGGAACAAGGAAGCUUGCUUUCCCAGAGUGCUUUUUAAAAAUAAAACGUGCGGUAAUUCCUACUGAAUUGGGCAUUUGAGGGGGUGCGCCACUGAAGUACCAGGGGGUCCCCUCGACAGACUCAGCCGGUAACGACCACCGAUCAGCGUCCAUCGCCGGGAACAGGGGUGGGCACGCAAUACAAUACGCUUUUAUCCGCAUGGAAUUAUGGGGGAUUUUUUGUAUGCUCUGUUCUUAGGAGUGGCAGCCAUCUUUAAAAUAAAUAAAUAAAUAAAUAAAUACAAAAUAAAAAAACGAGAGAGCUCGGUUGUCUUGCCUUGAGGAGGCAGAGCGGGUUUUUCUAGAACAUUCUCCUCUGGUGGUGGAAAAGGCUAUGCUCCAGCACUGUGACUAGACUCAAGGGGGUGUUUUGGGGUGUGGGGGAGGGGGGGGGCUUAUUGGGUUUUGGGGGGGGGGGGGAUGGGGGGCAGCAGCACAGCACCCCAGCGGCAGUGGCCCCGCCCAGGCAGGGCGUGUCUGGACCGGCGGCCAGCGAAGGUGAUCACCAGUAGAACUCUCGUUAAAAAAGCACAGGUCAUAACUUUGUAUAUACGUAUAUAUAUCCGAAGGUGAACACUAACCAUAUACGUCACAUUGCAAAUAUAAAAGAAAGUGUUUGACACUAAUAUUGUCUAGAAGUACUGGAACAAAAAAAAAUAAAUAAUGAAGGCAAAAGUCAAGUCUACAAAGGGCAUCAAGAAUAAUACGGCAAUGUGUUUUUAGCUGAACUGAAAACAAAUGUCUGUCAAACCUUAAUAAUGUCAGUGUAGAUACUGUACACUUUUGAUUUUAUCUGUGCAAACUAAAACCGGUUGUAAUUUUUUUUUAAGGUAGUUUUUUUUCCCUUCCUUUCCCCCCUCACCACAUUUCAUUCGUUCCAUUUGAUUGUAUAUGAUUGUGAAAACAGACUCCGGAGUGAAACUGAAGGGAUAAGACUGAGGGUCACAGCUGAAGUAAUGCUACGUAGGUGUUGAUUGGGGGGGGGGGGUCUCUCUCACCCCUGUCUUAAUUGGGCUGAGAUUCGAAAGCUCGCUCAGCAGGUGAAAUGCGCACAUGCACAUGAACGCACACACAGGCACACGCACACGCAGACGCUUGAUGCUCAGGCUUCCAGGUGCGGACAGCCCCGAAACAGCCCCCCCUCUCUCCAACCCCUCCCACCCCCCCCCCCCCCACCCACCCAAACCCGACGCGUCCAACUCAACCCUUUGCUCCCGUGUCCUCUGCAGCGUGUGAUCCAUUUCCUGUCGGGACGCGCCUUGGUUAGAUGUGCCGUUCGGUCACCAUACCUUAGCCUGGCCUCCUGUACCAGGAGGGGAGGAGGGAUCCCCAAAAGGAGGGAGGGGGGGAACCCCAGAAGGAGGAUGUUGGGAGUUGUGACUACACGUGUAGCAGAGAAGCCCCUUUCCUGUCACCAGGGACGCACUGCAGAGCCGAGGCCCGGUGUUCUUCCUCUCCGCAAGGGGUCGGGGAUCAGGGGUCAGGGGUCAGAGGUCGAGCCUCAUUUAAACCGCGGGCACUAAGCAUUUACCGAAACCUGUUCCCUCCCAAAGCAGGCUAGCUGAAGGGUACACGUGUUCCUCCUGUGGCUCGGACGGCGGGAGGCAAAUCGCUCGCGCUCUCCAGAAAACGCUCAUGAUUGCAGUGAAGUGGAGGCGUGUGGUGCAACAAAAAAACCUUAAACGGGAACCAAAUUUCACCUCCCGUCUGGCUGCGGGGCAGAAGGGACAUAAUUUGCUGUUGCGCUUAUCUGAGUUCAGGUCCCACCUCCUUCACGCUGCUCAGCGCUGCGUGAAGCCUUUCAGCCAAUCAGAGCAGCCGCUGCUCCUCCGCGAGCUGGCGGUCGGGCUUAGAGCGGGAUUCGCCGGUUCCCGCGUGAACAAAAAAAAAAAAAAAAGAUUAUUUCCCGCUGUUUUGAAAUCCAGGAGAGGCAAUAGUUGUGUCAGGUGUCCUGCUGUGCUGUUGUAAAUAAACAGCAGAGGAUAUUUUGUGUUGGAAAACUACCCCCCCGCUGCGCCUGCAAGCGCUCUUGGAUAUAUUAGCGCGGCUGAACUCAAGCGCGGAGCUCUGCUGGCGUUCGAUGAGCUCGAACCUUUGCGGGUUUGUGCCCGGUCAGCACUUUUGUGCGUGAGUUUUGGAACUCCGCGUGCCCAUUGAUUCCACACGCUCCUCGCCCCCCGUGUCUCAGCCAAUAGAACGUGGCGUGCGAGCGGCUGCAGGGAGCCAAUGGGAGGACGGGUUAUAAACCCAUUUGGGGAUGGGAGGGGGCUGCCUUUUGGGGUUCCCAUCCACCCUUUGCCUGUAAGUGCAGGCUCUUUUUUUUAGGGUGAAUGUUGUCCCAUAAGCUCUCCCAUCCUGCAUACUCUUUAGGAUAUAUAUGUCACAUAUAUCUGACUAUAUUGAUUGAUUGAUUGAUUGAUUAGAUUUUUAUUUUGGGUAAAAGAAUGCAUGCCAUCCAAUGGCUGGAUGCCAGUUUGUGCCCAAGAGGACAGCUCAUAAGAACGCUAGCAGUGCUCAUAUCCCAUGCGGUCCUCGGCCUCAAGGCAAAAAAAUAAAUAAAAAAUCAAAUGGACGUGCAACGGACAACGAAACGAGCAAAUUUCACCCUUAUAAAACUUUCCAGUAAGAAUCAGAAAAUAAACCAUCAGCUAGAUCAACUAAAUAAGGCCAAUCUUACAGAAAUAAAAUAAAAUAAAAAACGUAAAAUAAGGGAAAAACAUAGGGCGGCACCUUGGUCCGUGCUGCCGCCUUCUCGAUGCCCCCACCCACCCCACCCCUCCACCCACCCACUUAAACAUGCAGUACCGCUUGUGCGCUGUAGCUGUGCCCACCUCUUACUACGCCCACUGCGUGUGGCGAGCAGGCGGAAUUUGCCAUGCUGAUGUACAGGUGUGCAGGAAACCCUUCGCGGUGCCAGGAGAGUUCUGACACAGAUGGCAGUUUGGAUUUUGCCCCGGUACAUUGCUACACCCACUCUCCCAACCCACACAACGUCUGUGCCAUGUUUUUUUUUUUUUCUCUCUUUUUAGUUUCAGUUAAAAUAUAUGGAACAUUUGAAACUAUGGAACCAAAUCCCAGUUAUAUCCGCGCGACUCACAACGUCACACAAACGAAUCAAGCCUGCCUCUCCCCAACGAGGUCACUGGGGUGUGCGUGUGUUCAGCUAGGUGCCAUGAAAACUGAAUGUCCGCCUUUUUAAAAUUUCUUUUCUCCCCGUGUCUUCAAACCCUCACCGUCUCAAAAUCCACCCCCCCCCCCCCACCCUCACAACCCUGUCUUUCUCUCACAACACCCAACCCCUCCUCCCGCCCCCAAGACAAAAAAGCUAAAAACACUGCGUCUAAUGAACUUGACCUUUGCCGCAGUUUUAUUUAAAUGAUUAUUUUUAUUAUUGUGAAGAGAUAUGAUGUGUGUGUUGUUUUUUUUGUACAAAACCCCUUGUUCCCAGUGAAGUCCAGUAACACUGCAGGUGCCGUUGUCACACUUGUCCUCUUUUUCUUCUCUUUCUUCUUCUCGUUCUUCUUCUUCUUCCUCCUCUUCUUUUUUAAUUUAUUGUGUUUUUCCAGGCUUUUAUUUUUUAUUUUAUUUUUUUUGCUCUCCUCCCCGAUGAUGGGUUUAGGGGCUUUUUUUGUAAUAUUUAUCCUUUUAAUUUGUUAACUUUAGUCACUGCUAACGUAACAAAAUGCACUGUGAUGAUUCCAGUAUUAAUAAAAGUUGUACUGAAAAAAUUCAA